UGCCAGCUGGUUGUUUGCUGAUGUCAAGAAAAGGAAAAAACCCAACUUCCUUGUACCGGCUGACAACUCUGAAAAAGAAGCGUCUCGUCGGCGCAUUUUAUCAGCAGCGACAAGACUCUUUACAUGAAAAUCUGAGCGAAAAAAGACGCAGUUUUGGUGGUUUUUCAAACACUCAUCUGAUGCACAGACUGCAGACUGGACACAGGAACAUUUGUGAUGUGUGGAACAUGAAUGGGUUGCACGGAGGAAGAAGAGAUGAAUGCUGACGUUGCUGUUUUUCCAUCCAUACACCCGUGGAGUAAAAUCCCCACCACAACCUGUUUAAACCUCACAGACUCUGACACUCCUGCAUGGAUCGUCCCUCCAUCUCUCCCUGUCCAAAACUCUUCCAGUCCUUCCUGUGAGAAAAUGUACCCCGGUGAACCCGACCAGUCCCUGGACCCCGAGCACCCAGAGUCCCAGAUGGACUUCUUCCACAAGCUGGGGUACUCCACAGCUCAGGUUCUCGCCGUCCAGCAGAAGUUCGGCCCCACCAUGGACACGGAUAAGGUCCUGGGAGAGCUGGUGAGGACUGGCGCAAGUCGGGAGCCCAAGCAGGCGCCGGUGACCACGAUGUCGGUGCUGGUGCCCAGAGGGGACAUCCAGGCCACAGGCCCCACCCUGCAGCUGCCUGUCCCUGCAUCGUCUCCACAGAGCAGAGAGGAGAGCUGUGAGGAUGAAGACGCCCUGAGACCCAUCGUUAUAGAUGGCAGCAACGUGGCCAUGAGCCACGGGAACAAGGAAGUUUUCUCAUGUCUGGGAAUUCAGUUGGCAGUGAACUUCUUCCUGGACAGAGGCCACACUGAGGUCAAUGUGUUCGUUCCCUCGUGGAGGAAGGAGCAGCCUCGGCCAGAUGUUCCCAUUACAGAUCAGCACAUUCUGCGAGACCUGGAGAGGAGGAAGAUCCUGGUGUUCACACCAUCGAGGCAUGUCGCAGGCAAACGGGUGGUCUGUAACGACGACUGCUUCAUUGUCAAGCUGGCCUACGAGUCCGACGGCAUCAUCGUGUCCAACGACAUGUACCGGGACCUUCAACGAGAUGUACCAGAGUGGAAGCGCUUCAUUGAGGAGAGGCUGCUCAUGUACUCCUUUGUUAAUAACAAGUUUAUGCCUCCUGAUGAUCCUCUGGGCCGCCAUGGACCGACCCUGGAGAACUUCCUGCGGAGGUUUCCAAAGACUCGAAAAAAACAGCAGUGCCCUUAUGGAAAGAAAUGUACUUACGGACUCAAAUGUAAAUUCCACCACCCUGAGCGAGCCAAACAGUCCAAUCGCUCGGUUGCCGAUGAGCUUCGUGAGAACGCCAAGUACCCUCCAACUGCUCAGAAACAACCUUCAGCUUGCUCCAGUCCUGUGCCUGGACAGAGCCUCUUGCUGGUGGAGGAUAUGGCCAAGAAACUGACCCUGGGGCAUGAGGGUGGCUCUCCAAAGAAAGACCAUAAAAACGAACAUGUAGCUCAGGUGAAGACGAGUCACCGUUCCAGCAAGAGAGCCACAUCUCGAAAGGAGAAGACCAGCCAACACUUGACUUCUGACCACGGCUCAGGGCGGCACGGUGGCUCUCAGGAGAAGCUGGACUCUGGUUUAGGCUCCAUAGAUAGUCAGCCAAUGGAGGCUCCUUGGAGUCUGUGUGAUCACCAGUAUGGGGCACCCUACAGGGGCUGCAGUCAGCAGACCCACAGUGUACAACAGUACUGCUCUCCAAGAAGUGCACCAAGCAGCUGUUGCUCACAUGGCCCUCCCUCUUGGGGGACCGCACCAGCCUUCCAGCCCCACAGCAUCAGGCCAGUCAGCAACCACCGGUCUGAUAUGAUCCCCUAUGGGCCGCCUCAUUACCCCGGCUACGGUCCAUACCCGGUCAGCAUGCCUACAGUGUACAGCCAGCCGGCAGACUUCCAGCACGCCAGAGUCUACAACCACCACCAGCAGGCAUAUUGGUCCGAUCCAUUUGGCGGUCACCCUCCAGCGGUCCGCAGCCUACCGGGGGAGCGCUCACAGUGGGAGCCUCUUCAGGGUACGCAACCGAGUCCCAGCAUGGAGGAGAGAGGGGUCAUCCGGAAGAAACUCCUCGCUAUCUUCAGUGCCCACUUGGUGGACACGGCCAUGGAAAUGUUUCCUCACAUGAUGGAUCCACAGAUGCUUGUUGCCGAAAUCCUCAUGCUGCAGAGUCAGAACCGGUCACUGAGAUGAGACAAGUCCAGCCUGAACCCACGUCUUUCAGUGGAAAGACAACAUGAGUUUGUGUACUUUUGUAUUGUGGUAUCCACCUUGUUAUAAAUUGUAUUUUUAUUGCUUUAGAGUUGCCUCUGUGAACUGGAUUAAAUAAGAGGCAGUAUGCAGUUGAUACAAAUUGUAUCUUUAUUUAAAAAUGUAAAAAGAAAAAUUGAUUUUAAUGCCAUUUUAUUGAGUUAAAAGGGGUAAUGCUCUGUUACUCUUAAGGUACACUCAGUGUCCACUUUAUUAGGUACACCUGUAUAGUCUAAUGCAAUGCAGUGGAACUGUCAGUUUUUGCUGACACUUUCAAUACUUGACUCGACUUUAUAGCAAGGCUAUUUUGUUAGAUUGUCCAGUUGUACCUGUUAAAGCGGUCACAGAGUGUGUAGAGUGGCAUGGAUGAGAUGAAUCUAAGAAUUUAUUUUUGUGUCAUAUUGGCACUGUGCAACAUUUAUGCUUAGGGUUGGGAAAUAAUUAACUUGAACCAACCCUUAGGUUAAGGUGUUACAAUGAAAUAAUAAUGUUUAGUUAUUGUGAUGCACAAUUAAUACAAGCAACACUUGCAGUGAAUAGUAAUCAAUCUCACAGAUAAUGAGAUUUGAGUCUUUAUAAUGCUUUAUAUUCCCAUUUUUCUUAACUUAAUGUUUUUGCAUUUAUUACGAGACUUGCGCCCUACCAGAGCACACACUGGCUGCAGAUAUUUUGUUGACAGUGAUGAAUUUCAUUUUGCCUGUGACAUAAAUUAUGAGAAAGUGCGAUGAUUUGAAACAGUUCAGCUUUUCUGGGAUCAAACCCAAGAUGAAGAUAUGACUGCCAGUGCAGCUGGAGAGGAUAGUUUGUUGUCAUAUUGGAGAUAAAUUGACUGAUGAUAGAUUUAACAUGGAAAACACAGAUUGUUUUUAUUUUAAUGUUGAAUGACAGUUUUGAAAUAGAGAUAAAUAUAUGCCAUUACACGUCAUGGUUGAAAAACACUGCUUCAGGUCUUAAGACAAGACCAGUUAAAGAAUGUAUUCAAUCUUUAAUUUUCUUGACAAUCGUAAUGCUGUGUGGGUCGAGUCUUGUCUACACUAAGUAAAAAUUUCAUCACACCCA